UUCCUCCUUCCGCCCGGGACGAUGCCACGAUGGUGACCGGAGCCCCAAGGCGCGGUCGCACCUCGGGCUGGCAGGAAACGCCUGCUCCGCUCCACGCCGCGGGGCGCCGCCGUGCUCCUUGCUUCCAGCCCGUUCCUUCUGGAGACCUCACCGGAGCUCCAAACUGCCGUGGACCUUCCACACUUGCAGUUAGCUCGUCGUUUUCUGAAGAUCCGCGCAGUCAUUGACGCAUGACGCCUGCCUGACGCCCUGACUGAAUGUAACGAGCAGAUAAGAUGGGCGCCAAGCCCACGAGGCCAAGUUUACAAACGGAGCUCCACACCACGGCCCCCGCUCGGCCGCUCGCCACCGCGAUGCUGCUACUGGCGCGCGCCCCGCCGCUGCCGCCGCCCUUGGCGGCCAGCUAUCCGGCGACUCCGGAGCGCGCACUCCGCUUUCGCAGCAUAUCCUCGUCCCGCGCCGCCGUUGCGACGGCCUCCGCCGCGGCGAAGCCGGCGGCUUCCUCCCGGAGCGGGCAAAAGCGCAAGCAGGUGGCGAGCGUGGCGAACCCGCUGGUGAAGCACUGCGUCAAGCUCCGGCUCUCCGCCGCGUACCGCCGCUCCUGCCGCCGCCUCCUCCUCGUCGGCCUCGCGCCCAUCCUGGAGAUGUGUAGGUUUGAGCUCGACGCCAUCGAUUACCUGCUUCUCCUGGACGGCGUGGAGGUCCCGGAGGAGCUGCGCGAGUUCUGUGGCGAUGUUGUGUAUGUCAGCGCCGCGGUGAUGAAGAAGGUGUCCGGGAUGCAAUCGGUUGAUUCCACCGAGGCGAUUGCUGUCAUGCACAUGCCUAGGCAUUUCCGCGACCUCGGGAGCCAUGAGGAUGGGGAUUCUCUUCAUGGGCUGUUCAAUCAUCCAAAGAGGAUUCUAGUCCUCGAUGGGAUUCAGGAUCCUGGUAACCUUGGAACUCUGAUAAGAUCAGCUUGUGCUUUCAAAUGGGAUGGGGUAUUUCUUCUCCCAGCUUCUUGUGAUCCUUUCAAUGAAAAGGCUCUUCGUGCAGCCCGUGGAGCCUCAUUGCAGCUUCCUGUUGUCACUGGUACCUGGCAUGACCUGCAUGAGUUGAUGACUAAAUAUAAUAUGAAGAUGAUGGCAGGUCAUCCAGAAAGUAGCGGCGAUGCGUCCAAAGGAAUCCAAUCACUGUCCAAAGAACUAGCUGAUUCACUCUUGAAUGAGUCUCUGUGCUUAGUGUUAGGAAGUGAAGGGAAUGGCCUCUCUUCAGAAACACUCCAAGCUUGUGAGCUUGUAAACAUUCCAAUGGAAGGUACUUUUGAAUCUCUGAAUGUUUCAGUUGCAGGUGGUAUAUUUUUGUUCAUGUUACAACCCAAAUAUCAAAUAGAUAGCAGAACUUUAACCCCUUAACUUUGCAUUUGUCUAUUGCUGUUGUCUUCUUGUUAACUCUUUUCUGGUUGUUUGUUUCUGUUUUCCUCA